AAUUUAAACUUUAAUUCAAAUUUAAUUAUUUCAAAUUCGGCUCGAACCGUCCAAAAACUGGCUCCUCUCUCUCUCUACCCCAAAGAGUUGGCACGCAUAUGAAUGCCAAACUUGCAAGUUUUCCAAACAUAGGCAUCCAAGCAAAGCUAAGAAGAAAAAAAAAAGGAAAAAGUAGAAGUCUUGGGGAAACAUACCAGAAAAAGCAACACCCUGAUUUUAAGGCAUUCAUUAUUCUCCUCUUCUUCAAACUUGUAGAUAUCAGAGAAUAUUGACAGAUCCCUUUUUUCUUUUCCUUUUUUUUCUCAGAAUUCAUUGAUUUCAAUUAGAUGGGAACUAUGGCUGCAGCCUUACUCCUCCCAUCAAAAUCCCCAUUUACAGAAGAAAAAAACGCCUUUUUUCUGCACAGGACAAGAAGGAGAGCCAGAAAGGAUCGCUCCAUCUUCCCUGUUGCAAGGUUAUUUGGGCCAGCAAUAUUUGAGGCAUCAAAGCUGAAAGUUCUGUUUUUGGGGGCAGAGAAAAAGCAUCCAGGAAAGUAUCCAAGAACAUACACACUUACACACAGUGACAUCACUUCCAAGCUCACUCUAGCCAUCUCUCAAACAAUAAACAAUUCCCAGUUGCAAGGAUGGUACAACAAAUUGCAAAGAGAUGAAGUGGUGGCGGAGUGGAAGAAAAUCAAAGGGAAGAUGUCUCUCCACGUCCAUUGUCACAUUAGUGGCGGCCACUUCCUCUUAGACCUUUUCUCAAGGCUCAGAUAUUACAUUUUCUGCAAAGAACUUCCUGUGGUGUUGAAGGCUUUUGUGCAUGGAGAUGAGGACUUGUUCAAUAACUACCCGGAGCUGGAGGAGGCUUUGGUUUGGGUGUAUUUCCACUCGAACAUUCCAGAAUUCAACAAGGUCGAGUGUUGGGGCCCACUUAGGGACGCAUCGGCCCCAUCGGGGGGUGGGAUCCGCGACGAGGCGAAUAAUGCUGCUUUGUUUCAGGGCAACGGUGAUGGGUCGGGUUUAGAUACUCUACAACCUUGCCCGGAGGACUGCUCUUGUUGUUUCCCGCCUAUGAGCUUGAUUCCGUGGCCCCGUCAUGCCGGAGUCGUUGACGAUCUUGCCGUCUCUCCGAAAUCACUCGAUGUCUCGCCGCAAAGUUACAUGUCCGGGGGUUCUUCUUGAUGAUGGUGGUUUAAAUCAUAAUUUUACAUAAUAUCGUCGUGUGAAUUUAAUUUGAAGAAUUAAAUAUAUACAUCCACAAAUUGCAUCUAGACUAGCGGCGCUAUGUACGUCAUUAUUCACGUUUUAGUGUUAAAACUUGUUGUAAAUAAAGUACCAAAAUUGUAGUGGCAUGAUAUAUAGCGCAAAUUAUUGGGUGUGAAAAAGAAAAUUGUAAUUUUAGGUUUAGACCGUGGUAGUUGUGUUGUCCUUUUUUUUCUUUCUUUUUUUUUUUUUUGUUUUUCAACGCCAAGAAUUGAAGAAUGUAGAAAUUGGUUGUAAUGUGUAUGGUUUCAUAAUCAACUUUAUUAUUUGUGGUGACGGUUA